AUUUUCCCCAGACUCUAUAGUCAUGAUGAGUCAUUCUCACAAGCUGUUUGUAUACUGUGCGGAUCAGCUGUCCGUGUCUGUCGCUUCCUCAACCACCAGCAACACUGGCACUGACAGGAUGGCACAGCCAGAGUGGACAUGUAUCUUCCAGAUGAAAACAAAAGAUCUUAAACAAGGAGACGCCUGGCGUCUGGAGUUUGAUGAAAUUAUUGUACCUGACUGCCCAAACCCAGGCUGGGAGCAGUACAUCAGGAACACAUGUGCAAGGUUCAAAUGCACCAAGUGUGGAAGAGGCUGGCCUUCCAACCGGGUGAUGGUGGUCUUUCACAUGCGCCUAACAUCUGGGCAUGGCAUUGUCAAGGUGAGGCCCUUCCGUCAGAAUUGCAAGCAGUGCAGCGGAGCUCCAAUGGAGAAGCCCAGCAUCCCCUCAGAGAACAUCGACAUCCUCCUGGAGAAUCUGGUGAAGAAGAUAAGAAUCAAAUGCUACCAUGAACACCUGGACAAAGGACACAGGCCUUUUAUUAGCCUGGAUGUCAAAAGUCCCCAUGAGCCUGAUCAUUGUGAGGCCUGCAUGUUAGGCAUCUGUACAAGGAAUUGAGCUUGUGUGGCUUUUAAGCCAGCCUUGUUAAUAACUUAAAAGAAUUAUUAUUAUUUGUUAGCUCAUAUUAGCAAAACAUUAUAAGACUUUUCCUCCUGUUA